AUGGCGGACUCAGACGGCGAGUACGUGGAUAACGCGUCCGACGACGACUUUGCGGACCACCAGGUGACGCGGGAGCGAGGGGAAGAUCGCCAGGGGCCGAAUCACGGGCCAGGACAGAACCAUGGGCAAGGACCGAGCCAACACCACGGACGACAGAGCAGCAGGAAGGGCGGGAUGGGAGGAGGAGGGGGAGACGACAGGCGACAGAAGAGGCGGGAGCGGCGGGAGGGACAGCAGGCUGCAUGGGAGACGGUGAAGCGAUCGUGGGACACAGUAGGCGAGGCAGAAGACGGACAAGUGUUGGGGGUAGAGUUUCUGGCAGCAGCAGAGAAGCGGCGACGGGUGCUGCGGGACACGACGCCGCUGCAGCGGGGGAUCAUCCGACACGUGGUGCUAGUACUGGACAUGAGCGCGGCGAUGAGCUCGCGCGACUACCUGCCGUCAUGCCAGCGGGUGGCGCUGGACUGUGCGGCCGACUUUGUCCGGGCCUUUUUCGAGCAGAACCCGAUCUCGCAGCUGGCGGUGGUGGCGAUGCGCGACGGCGUGGCGCUGCGGGUGAGCGACAUGGGUGGCAGUCCGGCGGAGCACCUGGACCGGCUGGCCGACUGGGACGGUGUCGAGCCGCAGGGCCAGCCGAGCCUGCAGAACGCGCUCGAGAUGUGUCGGGGGGCGCUCUUCCACACGCCGGCCCACGGCACGCGUGAGGUGCUGGUCGUCUUUGGCGCCUUGCUGUCGUCGGAUCCGGCCGACAUCCACGACACCAUCGCCGCUCUGGUGGCCGAUCGCAUCCGCGUGUCCAUCGUCGGUCUGGCUGCCAAGGUGGCCGUCUGUGCCGAGAUCUGUGCCCGCACCAAUCCGGGCGACGAGGCCGCCUAUGCCGUGGCCCGUCACGACGUCCACUUCCACGAGCUCGUCCUGGCUGCCACCACGCCGCCGGCCACGCGGCCUGACGACGGUGAUGCGGCUUCGACCGGCCCUGCCUCUCUUCUCAUGAUGGGCUUCCCCAGUCGCGCCAUCGCCGACACCGUCGCCGGCGGCGGCGGCCUCAGCGUCUGCGCCUGCCACAGCCGCCCCGUCCGCGAGGGCUACGGCUGCACGCGCUGCGGCGCCAAGGUCUGCCGCCUGCCUGCCGAGUGUCCCGCCUGCGGCCUCACCCUGAUCCUGUCCACCCAUCUGGCUCGCUCUUACCACCACCUCUUCCCGCUGCGCAGCUGGGUCGAGGUCUCGUGGACUGCUGCCGCCGACGCCGUCCGCCGUCGCCGCGCCGUCGCCUGUCACGCAUGCCUCACCCCCUUUCCCGCCGUCGACACUGCUGCUGCUGCUGCUGCUGCUGUUACUGCUGCUGCUGCUGCUACCCAGACGACUGGCUCCGGCGUCAGCGAGAGCGGCCGCUACGCCUGCGAGGUCUGCGGCCACCAUUUCUGCAUCGAUUGCGACGUCUUUGCCCAUGAGGUUAUCCACAACUGCCCCGGCUGCCAGAGCGACACGCGUCCCAAGGCAGCUGCACCACCGCCCGCCAGGAUCAAGCUCGUCCGCAAGCUGACCGCCUCCCACGGCGACAUGGUCAUCGACUGA